AUGCCAUCCUUCCAAGUCGUGUUCAUCACUCAGAGGAAACCUGGAAAACUUAGUGAUAUGCUCAGUGUGUGUCUUAACCUCCGCGUCCCUUCUCUCACUCAGCCCCGCCCCCGUGUACCCCCCAGCUCGGGUGACUUCCUGUGUUCGGUGUGUCACAAGGUGUUUCCCCUGCAGCGCAUGUUGACGCGUCACCUCAAGUGCCACAGCAUGGUUAAGAGACACCCCUGCCGCUACUGUGGCAAGGGCUUCAAUGACACCUUCGACCUCAAGAGGCACAUGCGCACACACACAGGUAUCCGUCCGUACCGUUGUGAGCUAUGUGACAAGGCCUUCACACAGCGCUGCUCCCUUGAAUCCCACCUGAGGAAGAUCCAUGGCGUGCGCCAGCAGUACGCCUACCGCCAGCGCCGCUCCAAGAUCUUUGUGUGCGAGGACUGUGGCUACACGUCCAACCGUCCCGAAGAGUACUUCCUCCACGUGCGCCAGUGCCACCCGGGCAGCCCCGCCCUGCGGCGCUACUACCGUCGACAGGCACACGAGGGCACCAACAACGUGCCCGCCGAACACAAACUCAGUCCCUUCUUGAUGUAUCCCACUGGGUACUAUGUGGGUUGAUUUAAACUCCUGGGUGAAGAUUCGCUAAUAACAUUCAAGUGUGCUGUUCGGUUUCUGCCUUAGUCAAUAACCUUGCCACAGAGCAGAAACAGGCUAGUAUCAACGCUAACACAUCAAUUUUACAGUAAGGUGAAUGGACAAUAUGUUUGGGGUUAUUCCCCACCCAGUCAGUGCCUGGCCAGUAGGCCAAAAUAACAUUGAAAAUCAUCCGCAUUGGUGUGGCUAUUUUAAAAACACCACCUCCUGGUGUCCACUUUAGGUAAUGCAGAGAGAUUAAGGAGAGGGUGUGUCUGGUCAAUAGUCAACUACGGUCAAUGUUGAUUAAAGGUAUGUUUUUGUGGAGUGGUGACUUAUCGAUGUGUCCUUCCUGGCACACAUGCCUGGUCUCCUCUCCUUGCCACCCAUCCUCCCACCUGUACAGUUACAACCAUCCCAUGUUAUAUUGACUUGCUUCUUAUUUAUUUGCAUGGUGUAUUGCUGCUGCAUGUUUGACGUUUCAUUAUGAUAUUGUGUUUUAAAGAUGUGCCGCAUAAAAUACCAAAUAAAUGUU